AUGCAAAGGCCAUCUCCUUAUUCUUCUUUUACCUCCCCUAUGAAGAUCACAACCCCAAUUCGGAACUUCAUCGUAAAUUGUGUCAAUCGUGUUCUUACAAAAAGUAAAUCCAUCCUUAUCGGGGCCGUGGAAGAGCUACAUCUUAAGAAUAUCCACAUUUUAGUGCCUUUAAUCUUCAAGAAGAAUAGAAACAAGAACAAAUACUAUCUUGGCUCAUUUAGGCUUCACUAUAAUUGGAGUUCAUCACAUAUCGUCCCCAAAAGUUCGAUCCAUAACGAUGGUUUUAAUGGAUAUUGUUACUAUGAUAUUUCCAAUAAGUGGAACUCUUUUGAAGAGAAGGUGGCACCAGAUUCACAUCUCUCGGGCUACCUCCAUUGGCUUGAAGAGAAGAAUGUCGAUACGACAACUAAGCAUGAAAUCGUUGAGAUCAACGAGAUCGACGAUCUUGCUGAGAAGUUUAUAGCAAAUUGUCGUGGGAAGUUCAUGUUGGAGAAACAAGAAUCUGAUAGAAAGUUUCAAGAAAUGAUGGCAAGAAGUUUGUGA